AUUUGAUUAAUGUUAAUUUGUUAAAUGACUUAAAGUGAAAAAUUAAGUUAACAUUAAGUAAUUUUUUUGGCAAUUAUUAAUUACAAAGAUCCUACCUUUCACUUAAGGCACGUACCUUAUGACAAAUCCAAUAUGGACUACGACUACCUUAUAAAAUUAUUAUGUGUUGGUGAUUCAGGAGUAGGUAAAACGAGCUUUCUUUAUAAAUACACUGACGGUGUUUUUCACACUCAAUUUAUAUCCACAGUGGGAAUAGAUUUCAGGGAAAAGACUGUGAUUUAUCAACAGAAUGGAAGACAGCAUCGUAUACAUCUUCAACUUUGGGAUACAGCUGGACAGGAAAGGUUCCGUAGUUUGACAACAGCAUUUUAUCGUGAUGCUAUGGGAUUUCUUUUGUUGUUUGAUUUGACUAAUGAGGCAUCAUUUCUUGAAGUGAGAAACUGGAUUGAGCAAUUAAAGACACACAGCCUUAGUGAUGACCCAGAUAUAGUACUGUGUGGGCAUAAAUGUGAUCUUCAAGAAAAGCGAUUAGUCAACCCAAAUCGAGCAAGAGAAUUUGCUAAAAACUACAAUCUUCCAUAUUUGGAGACAAGUGCCAAAACUGGACAGAAUAUUGAUAGAGCCAUUGAGAUUCUACUUGAUAAAGUCAUGUUCAGAAUGGAGACUUCAGUUGAGUAUGCAAUGCUGUGUGCGACUGGACGCCGUCGUCAAUCCCUGCAAAAGCUCCAAGCUAAACAGGACCGAAAGUUUUGUUCUUGUUAAAGCGAGACAACAUUUUAGUAAUAUUAAUUUACAUCACAUUUAUUUAUUCAAAAUUUUCAAAAAACGCAAAGCUACUGGACCAAUUUCCAAUAUUUGAUUAUACCAUUUAUAAUAUAUAUUUCAUAGUAAUAGUAAUUUAUUACAGUGUAUUUAAAUGAAUUGGUCUUAAUAUCUAUAAUCAUAUAUAUUUUCAUGAAAAAUUAUUAAGAAAAUUUAAUUAUAAAAGCCAUGAUAACUGGCUGAUCCUGUGAUUCAUAUACAAUCUAAAUGUAUACAGAGCUUUUACAAUUUUAAUAUCUCUUAUUACAUAGUGAAUACAGUUUUAUCAGAUGUAUGUCGAAAUAAUAGUAUGCUUGAAAGUUGGACCUACGUGAAUGUAAUUCAUUUAUUAUUAUUACUAUUAAACUCUGGGCUUGGCGCAUAGAUAAUUGUAAAAAUUAACGGGGAAUUAAAAAUUUGGCAAAACGCUUAGUUUGUUACCCCUAAAUUUUGUCAUAGACAAUAUACCAUAUUUUAAUCUGAUAGCUCUGUAUUUACUUACUACUACUGUAUACCUAUGCUUAAGUGUUAAUAGACUGAUUUUUAUUUAUAUAGAAACUUUUCGGACAGUUUUGCGGUCUACAUUUAUUUAUUAUAGAUUUUAGUCAUCAGUGUUUAUAGCCAAACUUCGUCAAAUUGCUAAGUCUUCAAAUAUAGAAUUUCUAGAGUUUAUAUGUUUAUUAUAAGAUGUUAUCAUAAAGUCGGUUACUAGGGAAUUCUAAAUCGUGAACCAGUUCUCCUAUCUGUUAAAUUCUAAUCAAAUUUUAACAGAUAUAAGAGUUAGUUUGCACUUAAAAUUGUCUUUGAUUCCCCUUAUUCAUAUAAAAUGAUGGAGAAAAUUUAUGAAAUGACAGUUCUUCAUCUUUAUGUCAUAUUGAUUUUAGACUGUGAUUAACAGAGACAUCAAUGGCUUAGUAAGUGUAACAGGUUUAGCUUAAAUGAAUGAGGGGAAUGACUCAGACAAUCUUAUUACUCUAUACAUUACUGUGUAUUUUGUUAACACUGAGUUUAGAGAAGAUAUGACAUUUAUUAUAUUACUAAAUAUUAUCAAGGGUAUUAUAAGAUUUUAAAUAUUGUUAUUAUGUGCUUAUUUUAAAAUGAUGUUGCUUCUAUAUUUAAUGGAACUAGUUAUUGCUUACAGAAAAAUAUUUAUGAUUCAAGUCCUACUUUGAAAUUGUGUUUUGAUUGCGUUUUGAAUACAGAAUUCCGAAGGACCAAAAUCUAUCUUCAACGACGGAAAACCUUUUUUCGCAAUGAAACUCCGAUAUGUAUAACUUAAAGUAGACAUUUAAUAAUGCUUUCUUUACUCAUUCGAAUUCUUUUGGUAUUUGGCAUAAGUCAGUAGUACCAACUGGGUUGAAAUUUAAAAGAGUGGGAGUUCAUACACCCAUUCAAAAAAUGCGAAUCCCACCCGAAUUUAAAUUAGGUACAUUUAGAUAAAGAUUUUCAUGUCCAUUUUUCUGCUCUAAGUAAGUAUUACCGUAUAAAAUAGGCUGAGAUAUAAAAAAAAACACGUUAGCAGAAAUACGACAGACAUCCAACUAAUAUCUCAUAUUUUUUUGUAGGAAAUGUGAAUAAGGUUAUUCAUAAUUUGCCAAAGAUGUUUUAUCUAGUCACUGCUAUUUUUUAAAUUUUAAUAAUAUGUUUUUUGUUUAUUCUAAAGUUUACGAGAGUUAUAUACAAAGAGGAAGAAACAGGAGACACCAAAUCGAUUAUAUGCCAAAGAAUUAAAAGUAAUUAAGUAAAAAUAUCGCUUAAUUUUAAUGAGAAUGUUCUAAUUAGUUAAGGUUUUGUAUGCUGCCCUUUUAUUUGUUAUAUACACGGGUGUUUUACUAGCACAAAUAUAUUAUGCUGGUUUUAUCUUCAGUAUUGACAUUAUUACCGCUGUAAGAAUCAAUUUUUAAUCCAUAUCAAAUUUUAGAUGUAAACUUUUUGACUUAGCCAAAUAUGACAUGCAUUUAUUAAAAUAUUAUUAGACCCUAAGUAAAACAUAUUUAAAUUGAACAUUCCUGACCAAGCUGCCAUUUUAUAAGUGUAAAUUUAUUUAUAAAUUGUCAUUAUUUUAAA